CUCCGCCCACCCCACCUCCCUCCUCCGGUAUGAGGAGACAAAGGAGUCGGGAAGCUCUGCACGUGGGUCAGCGGGUCUCCUCCAAUCAGACUCUACACACCCUGACCCAAGACCCACCUCACUGGAUUUGCCGAUCGGUGCUAAAGGAUCGCGACUCGAGCCGGUCGGCCCACCACCAUCGGUGCCUUUUUUCCAGGAGGUCCCGUGAACAACUUCACCCACUUAGGAGCUGUUGCUGUGGUGAUGGCCAGACAACUUUUGCCGCUGUUGCCGAUCGUGUUUUGCUGUUGCCUCGGGGUACCGCAAUUGCUGGCAUCGUCUUUGGCAUCGUCUUCCUGAUGGGUGUCAUUGCAGGCGUGGCCAUCUGCAUCUGCAUGUGUAUGAAGAGUGGGCGGGGCUCCCGAGUGGGCGUGUUCAGGGGCAGGCCCAUGCAUAUCAGCGCCAUCAGCAGCUACCCAGUGGCGCCGCCUCCAUACAGCUAUGAAUUUGAGAUGGACUCGCAGACUGACUUGCCGCCUCCUUACACGCCCACCCCGCCCAGGACGGUGCCGUUUCCUCCUCCCCCUCCGUAUCCCGGAUACUCCAGGAAGUGACCCGCCUCCAGUUCAACGUGUUCUUAAUGGUCGGUGACCCAGAAUCGCCCCCACCCCCUCUCCAGUCCGAGGUGGAACGAGGACACAAGGACAGCGACGGCUGAUGAGACGCCUCGUCCGCUCGUUGGCGGAUCGCCACCACGCACUGCGCGAUCCGUUGCUGUUCUGAUUUCCUCCUGCAGACGCGCAGCUCCUGAUUGCCUCCAUCUGUGGAUGAUGUGUCCGUCUGGAAGCGGGGUCUUCGGUAGUGGUGGACCUGCCAGUACCGUCUGACCAGUCAGAGAGAGAGAACCGGGCAGCCUCUGCCCUCCGCACGGCCUCUACGACAAGAAGCCAGCAGAGGGCGCUCUGGAGUUGAAGCGGGUCGUGUUUCUCCUAUUGACGAGCUACAGCGCAGACAAAUGGAGGACUGGAAUUACUGGAUGGAAUGCUCAGGAGAAUCUGGAACAAACUUUCUUUUAUGAGGGAUCGUUUGCAAAUGUUUAUUUACUAUGCAAUAAGUUGUUUUUUUUUAUUAUAAAAUGUCUGCGUCUAUUUCAUGUGUUACCCAGAACUCUGUGUGCGAUGUCACAAAAUGAGAACUUGGGUUUGUUUCAGUUAGCGGCCUUUACAAGACCCUUCUUUAUAUAGCGCCUGUAUUAGUGGACAUUAGCGUCUGGUCUUAUGCUGCCAUCUUGCUUGGCACUGCUAAUUCAAAUCAUAUUGCAGUAACUAGGAGUGGAUGUUUAUACGCAGAUUGCGGUCAUUCCAUAUAGCGCCUUUCACACAAAAGGAAAUACUAUUUGAUAAAAAAUUUAAAAGUAAAAUACUUUACUUUGGGCUUAUUACUGCAUCAAACUGCCUUU